AUGGUCAGUCUGUUGUUGGGGCCGUCAUGUGUAAGCUUCAUCGUUGAUUCUUCGGUUGGUGAUCCUCCUGAUUCUCUUUCCGCUCAAUUAUUAUUCGGUUUGACAGCAUGGAUUUGGUACCCAGCGUUAAGGAUUCCUUUGGAACUAACUGAUUGUGCAUGUGGUUGCAAAUUCACUUGCUACCAAAUCGUUGAUGUAGACAACUAUUAUGAUUUUUUUGGUGAUCAGAGAAUACAUCUGCAAACUGUUGUGCUGUAUUUGUUUUGUGAAAAAUUAAACUAUUUUCGUAUUAAAGAGCUCAAAGAUGUGCUCACGCAGUUGCACCUUUCAAAGCAGGGAAAAAAGCAGGAUCUUGUUGAUCGAAUAUUAUCUGUUCUCUCAGAUGAACAAGUUUUAAAUCACACCAAUAGUGCUCUGAUCACGGGAAGUGGAACAAAAUGGUAUCCUCCUGACACUCCACAACAAGCUGUUUUUGAUGGUAGCCAUGUGUUUAUAGUCAUUUUUGCAAUAGAAGUUGAGGCAUCAAAAUUUUAUAGUUUUCUGGUUGAGCAGACCAUAACUUUGCCACCAUCAAAGUGGGAAUCUCUGGCAGAAGGUUCUAGAACUAACAUCCGAAUUUCCAUGAGAGAUACGUCAGCCCCAGAAAAAAACAAAGAAAAGAAAAAAGAGCUCUUGAUGCCACUUUCAAAAAUGUGGGCUAAGAAGAAUGCUGGUGGAAAGGAACAGGUGGCAAAAUUAGUUGAUGAUACAUAUAGGUCUGGUUUAAGAUGGAAAAUGCAGAUAUCUGGGGCCACUGAUCUUGCAUCUAAGGGACAGGGUGUAUCAGAUAGCAGUAGUGUAAAGGUGAAAGGUGAAAUUGAUGAAUCCUUUCAACCAGAUACAAAUAUUCGCUGUUUAUGUGGAAGUAGAUUGGAAACAGAGGAUUUGGUCAAGUGUGAUGAUCCAAGAUGCCAUGUGUGGCAACACAUCAGUUGCGUUAUCAUUCCAGAGAAACCUACUGAAGGCAUCCCGCCAGUUCCUAAUAAAUUUUACUGUGAACUAUGUCGUCUCACUCGCGCUGACCCAUUUUGGGUUGCAAUGGCGCACCCUUUGCUUCCCGUUAAGUUAACCACAACUAGUAAUCCAACUGAUGGAGCCAACCCUGUGCAGAGUGUGGAGAGAUCAUUUCAACUUACUAGGGCUGACAAGGACAUGGUAUCAAAACCAGAAUUUGAUGUUGAGGCUUGGUGUAUGCUGCUGAACGACAAGGUUCCAUUCAGAAUGCAAUGGCCGCAAUAUACAGACUUGCAGGUCAAUGGUGUUCCUGUUCGUGCAACUAACAGACCUGGUUCACAGUUGCUUGGAGCUAAUGGGCGGGAUGAUGGCCCAAUUAUCACGCCAUACACAAAAGACGGAAUUAAUAAGAUUUCCUUAACAGGAUGUGAUGCUCGCAUUUUUUGUUUAGGGGUUCGUAUUGUUAGAAAGCGCAGCAUGCAGCAGAUCCUAAACCUAAUUCCAAAGGAGUCUGAUGGUGAGCUAUUUGAAGACGCUCUUGCACGUGUCUGCCGUUGUGUUGGUGGCGGAAAUGGUGAUGAUGAUGCUGAUAGUGACAGUGAUUUGGAAGUAGUUUCAGAUACUUUUAGUGUCAACCUUCGUUGUCCUAUGAGUGGUUCAAGAAUGAAGAUUGCUGGAAGAUUCAAACCCUGUAUUCAUAUGGGUUGCUUUGAUCUUGAUGUUUUUGUGGAAAUGAAUCAACGAUCAAGGAAGUGGCAAUGUCCUAUAUGUCUCAAAAACUAUGCUUUAGAGAAUAUCAUCAUUGACCCUUACUUCAAUCGCAUCACUUCUAUGAUGUUGAAUUGUGGUGAAGAAAUUACAGAGGUUGAGGUGAAGCCUGAUGGUUCUUGGCGUGUUAAGGCAAAGAGUGAAAGUGAACGUCAGGAAUUAGGGAUUCUAGCACAGUGGCAUCAUCCUGAUGGAUCACCAUGCGUUUCAACUGAUGGAGAUUUCAAGAGAGUGGAUACAUUGAAGCAGGUCAAACAGGAAGGUGUUUCAGACAGUCAUACUGGUUUAAAACUUGGCAUUAGGAAGAAUCGCAAUGGAGUUUGGGAAGUCAGUAAACCUGAGGGUACAAACACCUCUUCUGGUAAUAAAAUGAAAGGUGUUUUUGGAAAUCCCGAACAGGUUGUUAUUCCGAUGAGCAGCAGUGCCACUGGAAGUGGCCGGGAUGGUGACGAUCCUAGUGUAAAUCAGGGUGGUGGUGGGCAUAUUGACUAUUCCACUGCAAAUGGGAUAGAGAUGGAUUCUCUGUGUCUCAAUACUGUUGAUUUAGCAUAUGAAUAUCCUGCACAUGACACUUCUGCUCAGGUGGGUGGUGCAGAAGUUAUUGUUCUUAGUGAUUCUGAAGAAGACAAUGAUCUUUUGGUAUCUCCUGCAAUUGCGUAUAAGAACAACCAAAAUGAUGCUACUGAUGGUUAUUCCAUACAACCACCUGUAAUAGUUAAUUCAUAUACUGAUGAUCAUAAUCUUGGUGGAAAUUCAUGCUUAGGACUCUUUCCCAAUGAUGAGGAUUUUGGGAUGUCUUCCCUGUGGUCAUUGCCUUCUGGAAGUCAGUCUGGUCCUGGAUUCCAAUUAUUUGGCUCAGAUGCAGAUGUGUCAGAUGCAUUGGUUCAUCUGCAACAUGGUCCUGUGAAUUGCUCCUCAUCACUAAAUGGUUAUACACUGGCACCUGAUCACGCCUUGGGAUCUGGUGGUAUCUUGCAAGAUUCCCCUGCUGGACGGUUGGAUGCUGAUUUGAAUGGUGGUUUGGUGGACAAUCCAUUAGCAUUUGGUGGUGAUGAUCCCUCACUUCAGAUUUUUCUUCCCACAAGACCAGCUGAUUCAUCCAUGCAGAAUGAAUUGAGAGAUCAGGCAAAUCUGGCUAAUGGUGUUUGCACUGAGGAGGAUUGGAUAUCCCUUAGUCUUGGAGGUGGUGCUGGUGGUAGCAAUGUUGAUGCUUCUACUCAAAAUGGAUUGAAUUCUAGACGUCAAAUGCCAACCAGAGAAGGUGGCACAAAUACUUUGGAUGAUACUGCUUCUUUACUCCUUGGGAUGAAUGAUGUUAGACCUGACAGGCCAAGUAGGCAAAGGUCAGAUAGUCCUUUCUCAUUUCCUCGCCAAAGACGUUCUGUAAGACCCCGCUUGUACCUUUCUAUUGAUUCGGAUUCAGAGUAA